AUGUCACGAAUACGAGAGGUGUGGGCUUCCAACCUCGAAGUCGAGAUGCGCAACAUCCGAACCCUCAUGGAGCAUUAUCCGUACGUUGCCAUGGAUACAGAGUUUCCCGGCGUCGUCGCGCGACCAAUAGGCGCGUUCAAGACAUCAUCUGACUACCACUAUCAGACAAUGCGGUGUAACGUCGACUUGCUAAAGAUCAUCCAAGUUGGUCUUACUCUUGCAGAUGAAGAGGGAAACUAUCCGGAGGAUGUAACGACAUGGCAAUUCAACUUCCGGUUCAACAUCAACGAAGACAUGUGCGCGCCAGACUCGAUCGAGCUCCUGGAACAGUCAGGGAUAGACUUUGACCGUCACCGGGACCAAGGCAUCUCGCAGAACGACUUUGCAGAGCUCAUGAUCACGUCGGGAUUGGUGCUGACGGACGAGGCGCGGUGGAUUUCAUUCCAUAGUGGCUAUGAUUUCGGCUACUUCCUCAAGCUGCUCACUGGAGACAGCUUACCGACAUCGGAGAACGAGUUCUUUGACCUCAUACAUAUAUGGUUUCCUAACAUAUACGACAUCAAGUUCAUGAUGCGGGCAUGUAAAGGACUGAAGGGUGGCUUGCAAGACCUCGCGGACGACCUCGGGGUGCUGCGCAUUGGGCAGUCGCAUCAAGCCGGAUCGGACUCGCUUCUGACCAUGGCGACCUUCUUCAAGAUGCGCGAACUAUAUUUCGAUGAUCGGAUAGAUCACGACGAGUACAACGGCAAGCUGUAUGGCCUGGGGCAGACGUUCACCCUCACCAACAACGUCGCG